AUGGCAACAAUGCAGUACACAACACUUGGUACUACGGCCUUGAAAAUAAGUCGUGUGGGACUGGGAGCCAUGCCUUUAUCGACCAUCGGACGACCAGACAAACGUGAAGAUGCCAUUAAAGUAAUUCAUCGAACACUUGAUUUAGGUAUAAACUUAAUUGAUACAUCUGAUGCUUACUGUCUGGAUGAAAACGAGAAGCAUCAUAAUGAAAAAUUAAUUUAUGAAGCAUUACAAAGUUACAAUGGAGAUACAUCCAAUGUUGUUGUUGCCACGAAAGGUGGUAUGGUACGACCAAAUGGAGAGUGGCAUACUGAUUGUAAUCCUAAUCGUCUUCGUAAAACAAUUCGUGAAAGCUAUGAGGCACUCGGUGGUAAAGAAUCGAUUAAAUUAUGGCAACUACACGAUUUUGAUGACAAAUAUCCAUUAGAUCAAAUAUUUCAACCGAUUCGUGAAGCAGUUGAUCAAGGUUUAAUAAAAUAUGUUGGAGUUUCUAAUUUUAAAGUUGAUCAGAUCAUUGAAGCAAGAAAAUAUGUUGAUAUAUAUUCGGUACAAAAUCAAUAUAGUAUAGUUCAUCGUAAACCAGAACAAGAUGGUGUGUUGAAAUAUUGUGAUGAAAAUAAAAUUACAUUAUUAGCCUAUCGUCCAGUUGGUGGUGCACCUGGUCAUAAGAAUAUUGUAAAACAGAAAUUAUUAGUCGAGUUAGGAGCAAAAUAUAAUUGUUCACCAUAUUGUAUUGCAUUAGCAUGGCUAAUGUCAAAAUCCAAAUGGGUUGUGCCAAUUCCUGGUGCCAGUCAUAUUCAAUCGAUCGAAGAUUCAUCAAAUGUUAUUAAUAUUAGACUUGAUCAAAAUGAUAUACAACAAAUAGAUUUACAAAACUUUAAAUAA